UGGGCUGUGCUGUUUUUCAUAGCAACAACCGAGGAGUUAAAUACCGCUACUGAAUGCAACUGCAGUUUACCGGCUUGUUAUGACAGCGGUAUAUAAAUCCUAUGCUUAACCGUAAAAACAUUAAAUGGCAAAUUGUUAUGUUUCCUUAAAAUAAUAUUUCUCACAGUGCCGUUUUAUCUUUGGAAACUGGUAUCAACUAGGUAGCUUGCUAGCUACCCGAAGUCUGGCAGAGGGGAGUGACUAGCAGUGUUAGCUAACCAGCUAGCACUAUCAAGGCUGGGUGUGAAUGAAGCAGAAAAGAGAGCAGAGCCCAGGCCUGUGCUAAGAUAAUGUUGAGUGAUGGUGCCGUGUCAGACCCACGUGAUGCUGAAGUGGCAGGAGCACCUGAACGGGGCGUGGUCGGGGGAGGACAGCGGUCAGACGGCCACGCGGGGGGGCGCGGCGUCGCUCUACGCCAAGCUCCUGCACAACAAGGAGGUGCUGGGGCUGGCCCAGCCCGUGCAGGACCUGCUGGGGCCGCGGCUGCCGGACUUCCAGCAUGAGUCGAGCGCGGCGGAGGAGCGGGAGGAGUACCUGGCGGCGCUGCUCCAGAGCCAGCGCAGCCUGGGGCUCCGCAUGCUGGCCCGCACGCCCUACGCCCUGGCCCUGCACCAGCGCACCGUGUCGCUGCAGCGCAUCUACUACGCCCUCCACAGCAAGUACCACGACCGCUUCCGGCCCGCGCCGCCCGCGCCGUCCGCCGCCGGGGCCGAGGGCGGGGCCCUGGUGCACGCCGCCCAGCCCUGGUCGCCCGGCGCCCGCGCCAAGUCCGGCACGGACGUGCUGAUCGAGAUGGGCGUGCGCACGGGCCUCAGCCUGCUCUUCGCCCUGCUGCGGCAGAACUGGCAGGAGGCCCGGCGGGACCCGGGGCUGGCGCUGUGCAACGACGUGCUGGCCACCGCCUCCGCCGUGCUGUCCUCGCUGCCCCCGCUGUCGCUGGCCAACGAGAACAAGAUCCCCGCCGUGGGGCUGGACUGCCUGGCGCAGGUGGCCGACUUCCUGAAGAAGACGUCGGUGAGCGGGUCCGGGGCGGACCGGGCGGGCCGCAGGCUGGCCCUGGAGCUGCUGCUGGGCCUGGCCAUGCAGAGGGGCUCGCUGCGCUUCCUGCUGCAGUGGAUGGAGGUGGCGCUAGCCGCGUCCGGAGCGUCCGCCCCCGCCGUCCCGCCCGCGUCCGCCGUCCCGCCCGCGUCCGCCUCGGACCCCCCCUGCGCCCAGGGCGGCAUCGGCUACGACCUCGUCGCCCAGACCCUGCUCAAGAUGAGGCAGUACUCGGGGUUCAGAGGGGAGUCAGUGAACGCCCAGCUCCUGAAGAAGGACCUGGAUGGACUCUGCAAUCUGGCCCACGUGGUUCUGUGUCUCUUCGAGGAGAUCUGUAACCUGGCCUCCAGCUGCCUGUGUUCCUGCAGCACAGGCUCGGCCGCGCCGGGCAUGGAGAGCGACGCCGUCAUGGUGUACGUGUGGGGCAGCAACAGCAGCCACCAGCUGGCAGAGGGCACGCUGGAGAAGAUCCUGCAGCCCAAGCUGGCACAAGGCUUCAGCGAUGCCCAGAUGAUCGAGGCGGGGCAGUACUGCACGUUCUCCGUGUCGGUGGACGGCUCGGUGAAGGCGUGCGGGAAGGGCAGCUACGGCCGGCUGGGCCUGGGCGACUCCAACAACCAGUCCGUCCCCAAGAAGCUGGCGCUGGAGCCCCCCAGGAACAUGCGCAAGGUGUCGUCCUCCAAGGGCUCGGACGGGCACACGCUGGCCGUGACGGCCGAGGGGGAGGUGUUCAGCUGGGGCGACGGCGACUACGGCAAGCUGGGCCACGGCAACAGCGCCACGCAGAAGUACCCCAAGAUCAUCCAGGGGCCCCUCAUGGGCAAGGUGGUGGUGUGCGUGUCUGCGGGCUACAGACACAGUGCUGCCGUCACCAACGACGGGGAGCUGUACACCUGGGGAGAGGGGGACUUCGGCAGGCUGGGUCACAGUGACAGCCACAGCAGGAACGUGCCCACGCUGGUGAAGGACAUCAGUGGGGUGGGCCAGGCUGCCUGUGGCAGCUCACACACCAUCGCUGUGGCCCAGGACGGCCGCAUCGUCUGGUCCUUCGGAGGGGGCGACAACGGUAAACUGGGUCACGGGGACACUAAUCGUGUGUACAGGCCCAAGGUGAUCGAGGCCCUGCACGGCUUCAUCGUCAGGAAAGUGUGUGCUGGGAGUCAGUCCUCUCUGGCUCUCACCUCUGCAGGACAGGUGUUCGCCUGGGGGUGCGGCUCCUGCCUGGGCUGCGGCUCCUCGGAGACCACCUCCCUGAGACCGCGCUUCAUCGAGGAGCUGAGCGUCACCAAGAUCAUCGAUAUCUCCUGCGGGGACAGCCACUGCCUGGCCCUGUCGCACGAAAACGAAGUGUACGCGUGGGGCAACAACGCCAUGGGCCAGUGUGGGCAGGGCCACACCUCCACGCCCGUCACCAAGCCCAAGAAGGUGAUUGGCCUGGAGGGCGUGUCCAUCCAGCAGAUCACGGCGGGCACCUCCCACAGCCUGGCCUGGACGGCCGUCCCCACGGACAGGCAGCUGGUGGCCUGGCACCGGCCCUUCUGCGUGGACCUGGAGGAGAGCACCUUCGCCUACCUGCGCAGCUUCCUGGAGCGCUACUGCCACGGCAUCAGCAGCGACACGCCCCCCGCGCCCUUCCCCUCCCGGAGGGAGCACCAGCAGUUUGUGCUGCUGUGCAUGAAGCUUCUGUCCAUCCACUUGUCCCUGGCCCACGCGGGCGGGACGGGGGCCACAGUGCUGGGGGCCCAGGGGCGGCCCCUCAGGAACCUCCUCUUCAGGCUCAUUGACUCCAGUGCACCUGAGUCCAUACAGCAGGCGGUGAUGAGCACGCUCUCCAUCGGCGCCUCCCUGCUCCUGCCCCCCCUCAGGGAGAGGACAGAACUCCUCCACUCACUCCUACCUCAGGGCCCCGAGAGCUGGGAGAGCCUCUCCAAGGGCCAGCGCCUCCAGCUGGACAUGGUGCUGAACAGCCUGCAGGAGCAGUCCCACGUGGCCUCGCUCCUGGGGUACAGCUCUCCGGGGGAGUUCGCGGCCGGGCUCCCCCGGCCCCCCUCCCCCGACCGAACCUCGGGCGGGGCCGACCCUCAGGACCACUUCCACCUGGCCGAGGUCCUGCUGAAGACCCUGCUGCUCAGCAUCGGAUUCUACACCGAGCGGGCUUUCGGCGAGCUGGAGAAGAACAGUGACAAGCAGCAGGCCAGUCAGGCUCCGAAGCAGACCAGCCCCCCGUCCCAUUUCCACCACCUGCUGUCCGCCAUGCACAAACACCUGCUGGCCCACUGCUACAUCAACACCAAUGCCGAGGAGGACAGCAGCGUGAAGCUCCUCCACAAACACCUGUGUCUGCUGCUGCCCUACGCUGCCGAGACCUUCCGCCGGUCCACCCUGCUGCUGGAGGAGAGCUCUCUGGACAAGCACGUCAUCCACAAACUGCACACGGUGCUGUACGGGUCCGUGGCUGGCAGUCUGCUGUGCCAGGUGAUGUACUCCCUCCUGCUGCUGCCCCUGCCGGUCGUGCGCCCCCUGCUGCCCCACCUGCUCUCUCUGCUGGAGCACCUCAACGAGCUCAACUGCUUCCUGCCCGACACCGGCCUGCUCGAGGAGGUGGAGCUGGAGGGCGCCUGCCCAGAACUGACGGAGGGCGUGGGACCCGCCCCGGGGGCGGAGUCUGAGGCGUGGGUGUGGCUGCUGGACCUGGAGAGGUCUGUGGCGCUGGCGAUUGGCCGCUGCCUCGGAGGGAUGCUGCAGGGCCCGCCCCUCUCCGUCCAGGAGACCAGCGCCGAUUUCUGGCUGAGGAACCCCCUGCUCAGGAACGGGCUGGAGAUGGGCUUCGAGCAGCUGGACUCCACCAUGGCCUGGCUGACGGAGGCUGCCCUGCUGGGCUCUGCCGACGCCAGGCUGGGCGAGCUGGACGUGGGCGAGGAGAACGCCACGCUGCUGGAGCUGGCCCUGGGCGUGCCACGAGAGCCCGCCACGGGACUGUGGAGGAGGAUGAAGGAGUACGCCACCAGCCGAGACUGGGACAGCGGGCCGCAGGGGGACCCCCUGCUGGAGACAGCGUGUCGCUGCAGCCUGGCUGCCUUCCUCAAACACACCGGCCUGCAGGACGAGGCCUACUGGCAGGACAAAUACGAGCCCUGUGAAAUGCUGAUUGAGAUCUAUCAGAUGGUGUACAAGGUCAGGAGCACGCUGCUGUCACACAAGGACUCCCCUGGGAACACGGCCAGCGCUCAGACACCGUCUGUCACCAAGCAGAGUUCCCUGGUGUCGCAGAGCCCCAGCGAGGAGAGGCAGGAGGGCUGCUCUGGUGCCCCCACCGAACGGGUGGCCAAGGAGGGGGAGCCAGGGGCCCCGGGCCCUCCGGCCGAACACAACCAGGAGGAGGUGGCAGAGGAGGAGGCGCCCAGUAUCAGCAGUAUGUACCUGCCGGAGGUGCUGCAGUGCUUCCUGGCCACGCGGGAGGCCAUGCAGCUGCAGCAGAACGAGACGGUGUACGAGUCGUCGGGCACCAGCACCCUCCCCAGCAGCACGGAGAGCCCCGGGACCCCCGAGAGGGAGCCCCCGCACCGCGGCUGGGACCGGCCCCGCGGCGCCGAGCAGGGCCUGUCCUUCCCCGCUGCCUGCCACCUGCUGGUGUCCCGCUGCGUCUUCCUGCUCCUGGGGGUCCGGCCCGCCUGGCAGGAGCCCACGGACCCGGAGCCCGCCGACCAGAGGGGAGAGAGCGCCGGGAUACGGAAAUCCAUUUCAUCCAAGGAGGGGGCGUCUUUCUUCAGCCCGAAGGCAGACUUCAACCUCACGCCAGAAAUGAGGAAAGGAGAGAGUGAGAUUCCGGACCAAUCAAAAAACUCGUCUGGAUCCUUUAAGAACAAAAUGGGCCUGCCGCUCUGCUCCCUGGGCCUCAUGAAGGACGCGUGGGAGCGUCUGCGCCAGUGCAUCAGCCCCAGCACCACGCUCUGCCCCGGGGGCAGCUCCCCCGUCCUGGGCCAGGUCUUCCAGUUCCUGUGCGGGAGCCUCCUGCGGAGCCCCUCCCUCAUGGAGCGGGAGCUGGGGGGCCAGGCCGACCCCAAGGCCAUCACCCUCGCCAUGGCCCAGCAGCAGCAGAGGGCCGAGGUGCGGCUGGAGGCGCUGCGGCAGAUCUCCUCCUUCCUGUCGGAGAUGGAGGAGGAGAAGAGCGGGGGCUCCUCUGCGCCUCCUCGAUUCCCCGGCCUCCUGCAGUCGGUGCAGCUGCAGUUCCUCUCCGGCUGCUUCGGCCUGGGCGCGCCCACCACCACCGCCCUGCCCGCCGUCAACGAGAAGAUGCACCACUACACCUCAGGGACGCACUCUGCUAAGAUGUCCACGCAGAGGGACCUGCAGGCUGCAGCGCACAAGCUCUACCAGCAGGUGGUGCGAGUGCUGCAGCAGAAGGUCACCGCGCACAAGGGGCAGACAGGGUCCUACCAGCAUUUGCUCCUGGCCACGGUGUUUGCGCUGAAUUUCCACUACAAGCCGGUGGACCUGGUGGUGAUCAUAAAGUGCGGCGUGCUGGAGAUCCUGUCGGCGCUGACGGACAGCACGUGUGUGCUGAUGAACCAGCGCUGGCUGGCUGCCUCCGUGUCCGGACACAUGCAGCUGAGCGGGGCGGUGAAGCUGGCCAGCGCCCGGCUGCUGCAGAUCCUGGCCAUCGCUGCCAGCUCCUGUGAGGACACCCUCCCGCUGGAUGUGCUGCAGGCCCUGAUGGACGUGAUGUGUGAGCAGCUGCAGUGUCUUCUGCACUUGGUCCACCAGCAGGCGCUAGAGAGCGGGGCCCCCGACGGCACCGACCACAGCACGGGCUCCAACAAAGCCAAACAAGAGAAGGGGGAGGUGCCCCGGAGCAGCCGGAUCGUGGAGUCCCAGCUGGCGGACUUCUUGGUGUUCCUGCGGAGGAUCGUGUCGAUCCGCGGCACCAAGCGGGUCACCGCCUUUGGGAAGUGGAUCGACCCCCUCAUGACCGUCGUGUCCCACAGAGCCACGACAGGCUCCCCGCUUUUCCGGAACUUGCGGACCAAACUGCUGGCUUUCCAUAUUCUGGAGGCUCUGCUGCCUGCCUGUUCGGACCCAGGACAAAUCAAACAGAUCGUGUGUCGACUGUUUGGCCUUCUGUCUGCAUAUAUGUGGGAGGAGCACCCGGACGUAAACAGGAAUCAAGAACAGACCGAUAGCCCACAGAAGGGCAUCGGGAGGGAGGAUGAGUGCAUUCCCAUCGGCGAUUUCUCCUUCGACCCGUACAAGCUGACCUGCUGCUCGCUGGAGAGCGGGAACGUGCUGUCCCACGGGUCCGGGGGGAAGGGCUACGGCCUGGCCACCACCGCCAUCACGUCCGGCUGCUUCAUCUGGAAGUUCUACAUCACCAAGGAGAACAAGGGCAACGAGGGCACGUGCGUGGGCGUGUCCCGCUGGCCCGUGCGCGACUUCAACCACCGCACCACCACGGACAUGUGGCUGUACCGCGCCUACAGUGGGAGCCUGUACCACGGCGGGGAGCUGGGCCGGGCCCUGCCCUCCUUCACCCAGGGGGACACCAUCACCUGCAUCCUGGACAUGGAGGCCCGGACCAUCUCCUUCGCCAAGAACAACAAGGAGCCCAAGCUGGCGUUUGAAGGUGUCGAUGCCACGGAGCUGUACCCCUGUGUGUUGUUCUACAGCAGUAACCCUGGGGAGAAAGUGGCGCUGUGUGAGCUGCAGAUGCGGGGCAUGCCCAGUGACCUGCUGCCGGGGGAGCCCCUGUGCAGCCCGCGGGCCACGGUCCUGCUGGAGGCGGGCGUGCAGCUGCUGAGACGCCUGCACCUGUGUGAGGGCUGGACCCCCCACAUCAACCAGCACAUCGAGAGCCGCCUGGAGCUCAUCGGGCCUCUGCUCUGUGAGGGAGGGCUGGCCAAGCCGGGCGUGUCCCUCGGUAAGCGGGGCCUGGAGGAGGAGGCUCUGGGGGAGGUGGCCCCGGGCCCCUCAGCCCUCUCGGAGCCGCAGCUGGGCGCUCUGUGCCGGGAGGUGUGGCCCGUGCUGGCGCUGAUCGGGGGCGUGGACAGCGGGCUUCGGGCCGGGGGGCUCUGUCUGCACAAGCCCAGCGGCCGCAGGGCCACCCUGCUGGGGGUGCUGCAGGAGGGCAGCCCCCUCGCCAAGCUGCAGUGGGAGGAGGCAGAGCUCACUGUCAGCUUCCUGAACUCUUGGUCUCCCAGCGACACGCCGGUGUCGGCCCUGGAGCCGAGCGACGUCCCUCAGCUGGACGUGUCCCGCCUGCGGGGUCUCAAACCGGGCGUGCUGCUGGACCUCAUCUUCCUGAGCGGCACCCUGGAGGAGCAGGCCCCCGCGGGGCCUCCGGGGCCCCGGCCGCCCGCCCGCCGCACCGAGCUGGAGCGCCGUCUGGACCAGGACAUCGCCCGCGUGAUGGCCGACGAGGAGGCCGCGGGGGGCGUGCCGGAGGAGGGCGACGGGGAGGAGGCGCGGGCCGGAGGCCCGGAGGAGCGGGAGCCCCCCGCGGAGUCUCCCGGCACCGAUAACGAGGGCCCCGCCGAGCAGGAGGACCCCCGCUGCGCCCCGCCGGAGGUGGCGUCGGCCCCCCCGCCCUCCCGCCCCGACCUGCUCUCCCUGGAGCUGCGCGCCGUGCGUCUGUCCUACCUCCUGCUGGGGGCGCUCAAGGCCCUGGCCGUCAUCCUGAGCUGCGGGAGGUUCACCGACCUGCUGCUGGCGCCCAAGAGCCCGCCCGCGGCCCCCAGGAGCCCCGAGCCGGGCCGGGAGGACGGGGCGGAGCUGCGCUCCGUGCUGCAGUUCGUGGUGCGCAGCAUGGUGAAGUGGGCGGUCCGGCCCUGCCCCAUCAGCCAGGGCGCCUCGCUGGCCGACCUGGAGAGGGCGCAGGUCAUGAUCUUCAAGGGCGCGCUCAACCAGCUGCAGGAGGACUCCGGGGCCCGGGACCGCAAGGAUUCGGGCCCGCCCUCGUCCUCCCAGCCCGUGUCCAAGUCCUCCAGCACGGUGUCUCUGUACAGCAACACCUCAGAAGGGCCGGCCGGGCUGGGCCAGUCCCACAGCGCCUCAGAAGGGCCAGCCGGACUGGGCCAGUCCAACAGCGCCUCGGCCUCCUCGUCCAGCAACGACCUGGCAGCCUCCCUGCUGUCCGCCCUGCAGGCCGACGGCCUGGAGAACUUCAACCCCUUCCUGCCCAUCAACCUGCUGCAAUCCAUGUCAGUCAGCGGCGCGGAGGAGAAGCAGAGGACAGAACGGCCUCAAAUGUUUGUUCCCGUACGGUUGCUAGAAAUGGGCUUCUCUGUGAGACAUAUCUACAAAGCCAUGGAGGCAGCAGGGGUGGCGGGGGAGGUGGACUCGCGCACCAUCGAGGUGCUGGCCAGCUGGAUGCUGGAGCACCCCAUGACGGACGAGCCGCAGCUGGAGGAGGGGCCCCCCAUGGGGGGCAUCGCUGAGAGCCCGUCCCCCGAGGGCCCGGAGACGGUGCAGUGCCCGGAGUCCCCCGCUCCUCUGUCCCUGCAGGAGAGCAGCGAGGCCAGCGAGAGCAUGCUGGCUGGCCUGGACCUGGUGGAGAGGGAGAACUUUCUGGACGUGCACCUGACGAGGAACAGGCCUCCCCCCGCCCGACGACAGCGCACCAGCGCCGGACACCGCAGCGCCUUCAGGAGAGCCGACUCCCCCUCGCCCAAUCCCAUCCCGCCCAUCUACAGACAGGAGCCGGGGGUGUCCGAUUGGCCGGAGCAGGCGGAGACGCACCCCUUCGCGGCGGAGGAGGAGUCCGAGCUGGGGUACAUGGACGACCCCUACCACGAGGAGUCCUACGAGGAGGUGCUCACGCCCGAGUUCAUCACCUCGGAGAGGGACACCCUGUGGAUGGUGGAGGGCGGGGAGGAGCACCCGGAGCCCCAGGAGAUGGUGGAGUGCGAGCUGUGCGACACGCUCACGCUGCAGUUCAACGGCCACAUGAAGCGCCACCACCCGGGCUGCGGCCAGGGCGCCGGCCGCCGCGGUUACCGCAGCAACGGCGCCUACGUGGACGGCUGGUUCGGCGGCGAGUGCGGCUCGGGCAGCCCCUACUACCUGCUGUGCGGGCCCUGCCGCGAGAAGUACCUGUCCGCCAAGCUGGGCGACCUGGGCCCCAAACACGGCCGGGUGAAGAGUCUGGCCUCUGAUUUGAUUGGACGAUUGGAAAGUGCCUCUGAUGGUACGUGCAGGAGUAAUGUGGAAGACGAGUGGGACCUGUGCUCCCGGGAUGACAGCGAGGCGGACCGGCUGACGGGACAGGAGGAUUUCGGGGUGUUGCAGAGGCCUCUGGGUCUCUCUGAGAAGAAGCUGGUGCCCGACCCCAUCCUGUUCACUGAGCACGAUCCGCUGGGGGCGCUGGUGGCUAACUCCAUCGGCAGCGACAAGGCCGCCAUGUUCAGAGGGGAGGGGCCGCUGGAGCCGAAGGCCCCGUCCGCGCCCCUGAGCCUGGGGGAGCAGGCGGCCGCCCUGAGGGACCCGCACGACCGGCUCCUGGCCCUCAGGCGCGUGACCACCACCACGCAGAUCCUGCUGGCCUACAGCGUGGUGAUGAAGGCCCUGUCCCAGACCUCCUCCAGCGCCUCUGUGUGCAGCCAGUCCAGCGGCCUGGAGGCUCUGGGCCUGGCGAACAUCCGCAUCCUGGUGCGUCUGAUGGGCCUGGCGGCGUCCGGGAGGGUCCACACCGCCAUGGACCACCUGGGCUGCGGGCAGGGCUCCAGCUCCGCCUUCCUCUCCUUCCUCAGCUCUGCCAUCGGCUCCCUCGUGUCCAACAGCCCCACCUCCUACCGCGAGCUGGUGGACAUCUGCACUCAGGACCUGAUGGCGGCGGCCACAGGCAUGAGCGUCGGUGCCCGUCUGAGCGCGCCCGGGAAGGCCUCCCGGGAGGAGCCCAAGCCCCUCACCCCCCCCACCUUCCUGGUGACCCAGAGCCUGGUGUCCCUGCUGACCGAGAAGGGCAUCCGCUACCGCUACAGCCAGGAGAGGCCUGAGCCCGAGGCGAAGGACAAUACCAGCCCGGGGACUGCCGGUCCGCCCGCCCAGGUGGGGGCGAGGGUGGGGCCUCUGGAGCUGGCCAACGCGCUGGCCGCCUGCUGCCUGUCCGCCAGACUGUCCAGCAGCCACCGGCAGUGGGCCGCGCAGCAGCUGGUCCAGGCCCUGGCGGCGUCCGAGAGGGAGAACCCCGCCCGGCCGCAGACCUACAGCGACAUGGCCGGGGACCUGCGCAAGUGCGCCGUCAAGAAGCUGGAGGGACACCAGAACAGGGUGACGAGCUGCUGCUGGAACAGCGAGAGGGGCCUCCUGGCCACCGGCUCCCAGGACGGCACCGUGCGCCUGUGGGACGUCUCCCAGACCGCGGCGGACCUGCAGAGCACACACACCUGCUGCCCGAGGUACGCCUCGAGCGAGGACAGGCCCAGCUCUGAGAGCGCGGUGGGGGUGCAGUGGGUGUCCUCGGUCGGCUGGAGCGCAGGUGGGAGCUUCCUGGCCGCUUUCCAGAACAAGCUCAUCAACAUUUGGAGCGUCAGCGGGUCGCUGAGUCACGUGGAAAGCCAGCCCUCGUGGGUGACGGCCCUCUCGUGGGUGCAGAAGUCCUCCCCCUGCGCCAGGCAGGGCGCCGCCAGCCAGGCCGGCACCGCAGAGAGCCUGCUGGUGGGCCGGCUGGACGGCUCCCUCUGCUGGCUGGAGGUCACAGACGCGCUUCACGUGGAGAGCACCGAGCUGACGCACUGCCAGAGGAAAGAGUCUCCCCAGUGCAUCGCCUGGCACAGUCUGGACAAACCCUUCGCCGUGGGCUACCCCGACGGCAAGAUCCUCCUGGCCACCGCCGAAUACUACGAGACGGAGCAGCCGCUGGUCCUCUCUGCGUUCCCGGACAGCGUGAGCGGUCUGAAGUGGGACCCCACGGGGCACCUCCUGCUCUCCAUGGGCCGUUCGGACGUGGUGAAGGUGUGGGGCCGGGCGGGCAGCGCCUGGCUGGCCCUGUACUCGCUCUUCCACACGGGGACCGUCAACACCGCCGAGUGGUGUCCCCUGCCCGGCCGGGGGCCCGACCCCCGCCUCAUGCUGGCUGUAGGCUGCCAAAACGGCAUGCUGUGCGUCUGGACCGUGCCACAAGGGGGCAGCACUGUGUCGGUGCCAAACUUCCUCAACAGUUCUCCCACCCAAGAGAAGAUUAGUGACGUGAAGCGUGGCGUUGCCAAAUGCAUCUUCAGACUGAACGGCCACAUCACCGCGGUGAAGACGCUGUCCUUCUGUCCCAGCGGCCUGGCCCUGCUGUCCGGGGGGAUCGGGGGGCUCCUCAACAUCUGGUCGCUGCGGGAUGGAUCAGUCCUGCAGACUGUGAUGACGGGUAUGGGCUCAGUGGUCAGUACCACUUGGAUCCCUAAUGUGGGGGUCGCUGCCUGCUCUGGAAGGUCUAAGGACGUGCUCCUGCUGCGCUGCUCCUCAGACUGGAUCUCCCAGAACCACGUCCUGGCCUCCUGCCGCUCGGUCCUGCGGGCCCAGGGCAUCGUGGGACUCAACAAGGCCCCCUGCAUGGCCGUGUUCCUGGAGAGGCUUCCCCACCUCCUCCAGGAGCAGUACACCUACGAGAAGAGUCACGUGAACGCGGGCGACCAGCUGGUGCACAGCGGCUUCCUGCAGAGCCUGUCCUCGCUGACCGUGGGACUGUCCCUGGAUCAGCUGCUGUGCCGGCAGCCCGCGCCGGCCCACCACGCCGGCCCACAGCGCCGGCCCUGCCCCGGCGACUGGGGCUGGCUGCUCACCUUCUCCACCACCGUCAAGAGCGCCGAGGCCUUCGCCCGGGGCACCGCCUUCCCCGAGUCCUUCACCGUGCCCGAGUUCCAGCAGGCCGGCGCCCUGGAUAACGGUAAAUGGAGUUUCAUGAUGGAUGAGCAGCUGAUGUCUUGGGCCACAACCAGGCCUGAGGACUGGCAGCAGGGUGGGAAGAGCGAGGUGUUCCUCUGGGGCAAUGGGCGGCACGGGCAGCUGGCGGACGCCGGGACCAACCUGAUGGUGCCCACCCUGGCACAGUCACUGUGUCAGACGCAGCAGGUCGUGUGCGGACAGAACUGCACGUUUCUGGUGCAGGCUAACGGAACAGUGCUGGCCGUCGGGGAGGGCAGCUAUGGCAGACUGGGGCAGGGCAAUUCCGACGACCUGUACACCCCCACCGUCAUCUCCGCCUUGCAAGGCUAUGUGGUGACCCAGCUGGUGACGUCCUGCGGCUCGGACGGGCACUCGCUGGCGCUGACGGAGACGGGCGAGGUGUUCAGCUGGGGCGACGGGGAUUACGGGAAGCUGGGCCACGGGAACAGCGAGAGGCAGAGGAGGCCCAAGCAGAUCGAGGCCCUGCAGGGGGAGGAGGUGGUGCAGCUUGCCUGCGGGUUCAAAUAUUCGGCCGUGGUCACGGCAGACGGGAAGCUCUUCACCUUCGGGAGCGGAGAUUACGGCCGUUUGGGUCAGAGGUCGACAUCCAACAAAAUGGUGCCGGAGAGGGUGAUGGCGCUGGAAGGCUACAGCAUCGGACAGGUGUCGUGCGGCGUGACCCACACUCUGGCGCUGUCCUCGGACGGCAUGAUCGUCUGGGGCUUCGGAGACGGGGACUACGGGAAACUGGGGACCGGCCCCUGCACGGUGAAGUGCUACCCUCAGAAAGUGGAGCAGCUCUGCAGCAAAGGGGUGAAGAAGGUGGCCUGCGCGACCCUGUUUUCGGUAGUCCUGGCGAAGGACGGACACGUGUACACAUUCGGGCAAGAGCGGCUGAUUGGCCUGCCGGACUCCAUGCUGAAGAACCACAACCGUCCGCAGGUGGUGCCGGCGCUGGAGGGCGUGUUCGUGGAGGACAUUGCUGUGGGGGCCGAGCACAUCCUGGCUCUGUCCUCCACGGGGGACGUCUACGCCUGGGGCUGCAACUGCGAGGGCCAGCUGGGUCUGGGCCACUCCAGCCCUGUGAAGGAGCCCACGCUGGUCACCGCUCUUCAGGGGAAGAACAUCCUCCAGAUCUCAGCUGGGCGGUGCCACAGUGCGGCCUGGACCACCCCCCCUCCCACCACCCGAGCCCCCGGGGCCUCUCCGGCUCUCCAGCUGGGCCUCCCUCAGGCCGUGCCCCCUCAGUACAACGCCCUGAAAGACUGCUGCCCUGACGUCCUCAACACCCGCCUCAGGGUGCUGUACCACUUCUCCGACCUGAUGUACAAGUCCUGGCGUCUGCUCAACCUCAACCCCCGGAACCAGGUUUCAGCCUCGCGUUACAGCUCGGGGACCUCAGCCAUCGUUCAGGGCCAGCUGAGGGGCCUCCUGUCCCCCAAGGUGAACACCCUGCCCCUGGUCAGGUCCAUCGGGAGAACCAUGACUCAGGGCAAGACCUACGGGCCUCAGAUCACAGUCAAGAGGAUAUCCACCAGGGGGCGCUCCAGCAAGCCCAUCUUCGUGCAGAUCGCCAAGCAGGUGGUGAGCCUGAACCCCACGGAGCUGCGGCUGCCCUCGCGGGCCUGGAAGGUGAAGCUGGUGGGCGAGGGGGCGGACGACGCGGGCGGCGUGUUCGACGACACCAUCACCGAAAUGUGCCAAGAGCUGGAGUCUGGGGUAGUGGACCUGCUCAUUCACACCCCCAACAGCUCUGCUGACGUGGGCAGCAACACUGACAGGUUCCUGCUGAACCCGGCGGCCGUCUCUGAGGACCACACGGUCCAGUUCCGGUUCCUGGGCAUCCUGAUGGCGGUGGCGAUCCGCACCAAGAAGCCCCUGGACCUGCACCUGGCGCCGUGGGUGUGGAAGCAGCUGUGCUCCAUUCCCCUGGGCGGGCCCGACCUGGAGGAGGUGGACCUGCUCACCUACCGAUCCCUGCAGAGCAUCCUCCACCUGGACAACAGCGGCAUCACGGAGGAGAACUUCCCCGUGAUGAUUCCGCUGGACUCGUUCACGGCCCACAGUGCGGACGGGAGGCUGGUGCCGGUGGUGCCUGGAGGACACAACAUCCCGUUGACCUUUGGCAACAGGAACGAGUACGUGGAGCGGACGCUGGACUACAGGCUGCACGAGAUGGAUCGGCAGGUGGUGGCGGUGCGGGAGGGCAUGUCCUCCAUCAUCCCGGUGCCCCUGCUCUCCCUGCUCACGGCCAGGCAGCUGGAGCAGAUGGUGUGCGGCCUGCCCGAGGUCUCCGUGGAGAUGCUGAAGAAGGUGGUGCGCUACCGCGACAUCACCGACGGCCACCAGCUGAUAGGCUGGCUCUGGCAGAGCCUGGAGGAGUUCACCAACGAGGAGCGGGUGCUGUUCCUGCGCUUCGUCUCCGGGCGGUCCCGGCUGCCGUCCAACCCGGCCGACAUCACGCAGAAGUUCCAGAUCAUCAAGGUCGACAGGCCAAUCAACGGCCUGCCCACUGCCCAGACCUGCUUCUUCCAGCUCCGACUGCCACCCUACACCAGCCAGGCAGUGCUAGCCGAGCGCCUACGUUAUUCCAUCCACAACUGUCCCUCCAUUGACAUGGACAACUACAUGCUGUCGCGCAACAGCGACCCGGCAGAGGGCUCCGACACCGAAUACUAAGUGGGACAAGCGGCACAAAAUGGCCGCCGUUCACUUGAAAGCACAAGUGUUUUAUUGUAGUUUUUCUUCUUCUUCUUCUUAAUGGUGCAAUAGACCUCUCUCUGGGAACGUGGUAUCAAAGUGCUGCAGGAGACGGAGACGUGGGGGAAUCCUACCCACAGUGCACUUCUGCAAAAUCCUCUCGAGUUGGAUCAAGAGUUCACCUUGACAAAAGAAAAAAAAAGACAAAAAUAAAAUCAAGAAGCAAUCAUUCAGUGGCAGUGUUUCUGCAUGGCGCAGAGUGUUUUUUUAUUUAAAAAAAACUUAACUCUUUUUUCAAAGACAUCACACAGUUCAAUUCUGUGUGGCUUAUUAAAAAUGCCUUAACUGGCAAGGUUGUGCAUCUAUAAAUUAUUUCAACAUCUACUGUAUGCCUGGGAACGGAAGGUAAUGGUUUCACCGGUGCCCUUGAACCUGGCUGGCAUGGAUGACUGCCCAAGUGUAAAAUAAGGAUGUGGUGAAAUGGCCCAGCGGGUGGUUCAACACUAACAUCAGACGCAUUAGUCUUUUUCAGUACAACUCAGAAGCUAUUUAAACUUGUAUGCUAAAUAAUCUGGUCAUUGUGGUACGCUGUUAAGACCAGAAGGUCUGCUGCCGUAACACUGAACUGUAGAGAGGAAAGUGGCAUCGUAUUGAAAUGAGUUAUAUUCCCCAUUAAGCUUGUCGGUAGUCUUAUCAAUCUCUCCACCAGUGUAUUUUGGAUGAAUGUAUACCCCCCCAAAUGCCAUGCACAUAUGCACUCAUACACAUUUUUAUUUGCCAAACGUUGGUACUACUGCGUCUUAAAUGGAUUUUGGUCAUUUGCUGCAGUUGUGAAGAGUAGUGAAUUUAACAUGCUGUGUUUUUGCCCUUUAAAAAAAAUAAAAAAUAAAAUAAAAUAAAAAUGCGGUUUGAGGAUUAACAAGGCUUUUUAAUGUGGGGUGGGUGAAACUUGUAUUGGUCACUAUUGUUAUUCUAGGAGUCUAUGCUUUAGUGCAUAUUUCACUCGUAGCUUGACCCAGGAAGUCUGAGGCCGUUUCUCAACAUGGAGUCUUGGAGACGACGCAGUGCCAGAUAUCAGUACAGACGGUCUGCAGUUUACUACAAUAUAGCAAUUAUAUUACUCAACCUUUUAAGUGAUGCGCAUAAGCAUUUUACUUUCUUUUCUUUUUUUUGCUGCUGAAAACUUGAAAACCACUAAGGGAAUUAAGAUACUGGGGUGUCCACUACUGCACUGAAGGAAAUGUUCUGCUGUGGUACUCAAGAAGGCAUGGUUGUUGUAAUGUUUGCACUUUAGACUUGUAUGCAUUGUUGAAUGAUCAGUGAUGGUCCGUCAAAUGCUUUGGGGCUAAAAAGAUUAUGCAUAUUGGCAAUGUGAGGAGCAGUUUUGUGUAAACAUUAAAUUUGGUGUGUUUCAAAAAGCAAA